GUGUACCGAUAUAUGAAUAUAUCGGUAGAUAUAGAAAUUAUCUGCUUUUCUGGAAUUCUGAAACAACAUUUGAGUCACAAACAACAUUUUGAAUGCUGAAAAGGAAAUAAUAAUCAUGGAAGGAUUUUUCAUAUUUGAUUUAUCAAAUGAUUUGGUUUUUAAAUUAACAAACGAAGCAAUGAGAGAUAAACUGAUAAAUAUUGCUAACAAUAUGGGUGUGGUGGAUCCAGAGAGUAAUUUAUUGACUUCAGAUGCUAUAAUUCACAUUUUCAACCCAUUGCUGGCGAACUUGAGAUUUAUGUUAAUUCAAUUUGAUAAUUCCUUUAAUUAUGUAAAUUGUCAACAUGGCUUCAACAUGGUUUUUGAUGAGUAUUUUGGGUUCCUUUUGAUAACUAUAAAUGAUACGAAAAACAUCGAAUUCAUUCAAAGAUUGCAAGGAGUUUUCAUAACAUUUGUACGAUACCUUCUUGGUCCUGCAAUUUUUCAACUCAAAACUGAUAACAAAAGAUCGGAAAUGUUAAUUAAGCUUAUCACUACUUGGAGCCAAUUAUAUGAGAGUAAACAAGAUAUUUGUCUUGAAGUAAUUGAACAGUUGACAGUAAACAACGAUAUAAAGAACAAUAUAGUCAAUUCUUUGGAACUUGCUCUUGAAAAACUGAAACAAGACCCACAGUCUCAGAGAAGUCACGCAAUUAUAUUCGUUGGUACGAAGUUUUUGUCACUGUUUUCGGCCAGAACUUCACAACAAUUGAACCCAUCUGAUAUACUAAUUUUGAAUAUUUUGCUUCAGACUGUUGAAAUGUCGGAGAAAAUCGAAUCGUACACUUUGUUUUUUCGUGGCACUAACAACAGUUGCAUUCCUCAUUUGGUCCAUCGAAUUUCUAUCACUUCAGAGAUUACACUAUUUCUACUUUCCGAAAUUGGAAACUCGAUAAUUUCCUCAAACCUUUACGAGUGCUUUCAACAAUUGAAUAAAUUAAAAAUCUUGCAGUCACAAGCUGAUAUGGAUAAUCUUGUUAUUGAAACAGAAAAACUCGACAAAUCUGUGAAGAAUAUCAUCGAUGUUGGAAAGAAAAUCAAACAAAGCAGUUUUGAGUUUGACGAAUGUUUCAAAAAUUUUCAAAACAAGUAUGAAAGUUUAAGAAAGAAAUAUGUUGAGAUGUUGAAAAUUAUGGACAAAAGUCAAUUGGUGAAAGUUGAAUCAUAUUUUCCAUAUUUUGUGGAAGCUGCAAGAGAAAUUUACAAGUUUUUUUUCAUAAUCGAAGGCGUCAAAAAACCAUCACCGGAUUUUGAAAAGAUUCUCCUCAACAUUUCAUCUUUAGUCACUAAAAAAAUUUCGAUUCAUUUCGACUUUCUGGAUUCCAAAUUGAAGAAUAAUUCUAUAAUGAAGUCUUAUCUCGAAGAGUUUGCAGGUCUUGUUCAUUUUAUUUUUAUUGAUCGGCAACGAGGAACUUGUUUUACUCCCGAUGUGGAAGUCACAGCUAAAGAAACUUCUAGUCAAAUCAAAAGAAAAGUGUGGAAUAUGAUUGAGGCAUCGAGGAAUUAUUUAAAAAGUGGACAUACGACAGUAAUUUGGAAAGAUUUUGGAUUUAAUUACUCCUAUGCUCUUUGGUUUGAAGAUUCAAAUGGACAAAUCUUAAAGCCGAAGGAUCACAAUGGUGUCGUUGCUACAAAAUCUACUCUUGUUCCUGGAAUGUUAACUCAUAAUUAUUAUCAGAAAAUGAAAGUCAUAGGAAUUAUUGUUGCUUCUAUUUUGAUUUUGGUUUCUUCAACUGAUGCAAUUUUAAAUGGUUCAUUGACGCGACAUAAGCCCUAUUACGCAAGAGUCGUGUAUCGUUUGAGUGAAGGCGAUCAAAAUAUACUUCAUACAGUGGCAGGUUCAAUAAUUGCGGAUCGUUUUGUGUUGACAACAGGCGCAUUUUUCGGCAUUUCCUUCGAUAUUCGAGUGUAUGUUGGAUCUUCAAUCAGAUUUUCGCAGCAAGAAUUUUUAGCUACAACCGUGCUUAGAAUUUCAAACCAUCCAGAUGGACCAGCAAUCAUUCAACUCUUGACCCCAUUAGUCUUUUCUCAUGCAGUACAGAGCAUUAAAAUUAUUCCAAAUGAUUCUGUAUUAGGAAUGUUGAAUGAACAAGGGAUGGUUCUUGGAUUUGGUGAGGUUCCAACUCAGAGGAAUAAUCUUCACGCUGCAUUUUUGCGAAUUGUUUCUUCUGGAGACUGUUUAACAAGUUACCCUGAUCGUGAUGGCACCGCAUAUUUCUGCGCUUCUGACUUGUUAAAUCGUAGUGACUUUUGUGCAGAUGACAGUGGAAGUGCAUUCUCAGUUGAGAGUCGCGGUGAAGAAUAUUUAGUUGGAAUGGCUAUAACAAGUCCAUGCAGUGGAAUCAUUCAUAAUAUACCAUCAUUGUUUAUAAUGGGAAAGAAAAAGCAAGUUGCUGAAGAAGAUUUGAUCAUCCCACCUCAAGAUGGUAGAAUAUGCGGGACGAUUUGCAUUUGUCAAAUGACUUUGGUGCUCUCAUGUGUAGCCAUUGUAUAUCUAACCGUGGCUGUUUAUAUGCCCGCACACAAGGCAUUUAGCUCUGAAAUUGUUGAAACACCCGUCAUGUGUACCACAACGAGGGCAGUACUCAAAGAAAGUUGCGAUUGGGGUUCAUGUGGGGAGUGGUGCUUAUCGAAGGGAACGGGCGCAUGUCUUCAGAUAUUUGUCAAUCUUCGUCGAAACGGUAGUUCGCUCCUUUUUGGAAAUUGUACAAAUUCAGCGAAUAAAACGUGUUAUGGAAUUGAUAUUGAAACGGCAAAGAACUUCACUUGUAUUAAAGAUGACUGUAAAAAUCUUACGGGGAUUUUUAAUUGUACGAAAGGUGUUUGUCACAACAUAACAGACGCUUUUGAAUGCGAAUUUCGAAAUACUGACCCGGUGAUUAAAUGUUCGGGAAGACGUGGGAAGGUAACAUGUAUGGAGGUUCAUGGAAUGUUUUAUUGUAACCGAGGUGCUUGCGAAAAGAUCAAGGCUCCUUAUAACUGUGAUCGUCGAUGUCUUGAUAUUCCAACUCGCAAUAAAAAUGUGAUUAUAUUAAGUGGAGAUCGAGUUCAUCUGUCGAGAUGUGCAGUUGCUUAUAAUCUUACGACAAGAACUGAAGUCUGGAAUGAGACAGAUUCUAAUAUUUUGAUGGCAUCAUGCUAUCAAGUUAGAAAUACACCAGAAGGCUUAGAAGCAGUUGAUUGUAUCAAUGGGUCUGUUUUGACAUCAAGAACUCUCGGUGAUCAUACAAAUUUUACUUAUCUCUCUUACUUACAUUAUGCUGAAGCAAACUUGAUUCCUCAAAUUGCACCACUUGAAUCUGACAUGACGAUUUCUAAUGAUUCAAAGUUGAUGAUUAACCUAGAAGGUUGCGUGAAUACAUUACGAGAUGAGUGUAAAGAAUUCUUCAGAGUAUAUGCUAAAGAUGGUUCAGAUCAUAAUGCUCGUGCUCGUUUUCCUUGUUUUUAUUCUCAGCUUUUAACUGAUUAUGCAGUGCGAAAUACAAUGAAAAAUUUAGAUGAUUAUAAAACGAACUCGAGCACUUUGUCAGCCGCACCAAGUUUAUCUAAUAGUAAAAUAAGCUUAGGCACAUCAAGUCAAUGCUCACAGAAAUCAACAUCAAGCUCAAAAAAGUCGCAUUUAGUUGUACCAACUGAAAGAUCCUUAACACGUGAUGAAAUAAUUGCAGCAUAUUUGGAGAAAGCUAAGUUUUAUACGUCUCUAUGCUUAGGCACAACAGCAAUCCUUUCAGUAUUUGCUUUUCUUUUUGCUGUUCCUUUUGUUAUUGAUCCAGCAAUUAGUGCAAUAACUGCAGAUUUUGAUCCAGAACCUGUCACAUGUACUGUUAGUGAUCAUACUUACAGUGAAGGAAUUAAAAACUGCACUUGGAGCAGCUGUCGAGAAGGUUGCACAACAGCGCAAACAAAAUGUCAUCAGCUUUUAGUUAAUUACUCAAAAAUUCCCUAUAAAGAUUGGUUAAAAGCUCCUGUUGAUAUUGAGCUCAUGGAUUGGGAUGUUUCUGAUACUAAAUUUCUUAUUAAUACAGAAGGUUGUGGAUAUCCACCGAGUGUAAAUUGCAGUAUUUUUGCUAAAGAAUUUGGCUACGAGAAUGCUCGUAUUAAAACUUUUCCAUGCUAUUAUAGUCGAGCCUUUAAUCAAAUUGUUGUAGCCAGGUAUUCAUGGGAUGACAACUUAAAACAUUUAAUAUUAUCAAUAAUCAUUCCCAACGUGCUUUUUGCUGUAAGCAUUGGCGUUUUAUCUUAUUGGUAUUGCCCUUGUUGUGACAAAGCAUGUCAUAAGAAUCCGAGGGUUUAUGCAGAAUUCCCAACAGCCAAGGAGAACAAACUUUUAGUAAAUUGCAGUGACGAAGAAGAAGCGGAUGACGAGUACUAAAUUUAGUUUAAUUGCAAUUGAUAAAGAAUGAAGUCUUCUUGUAAUUUUUUCCUCUUCCUGAACGUUCGUACACUUGAUUUUUGGCGAUAAAAUAGUCGAUUAUGUCCAUCCUCCUAAGGCUGCAUGCAAUAAAUUUAACAGUCUUUCUCUCUUAAUGAUAUUUCAUUUAAUGAAUUAAAAUAAUAAAUCUUCCUUGAAAUCAGAAAGAAAAUUUAGGAAAAAUAGAUAAAAUCGCAGUCCUACAAAGAGUAGUUGAUAAGUUUGCAAAUGUUAUGCUUUUAUCAGCUUUGUAAAUAAUGUAAUUAAGUAAUACACUCUCUGAAAUUAAACAAUUAAAAACAGUUACAAAGCUUUUUAUUAUACGCUUAAUGCUUAUGUUGUUUUUAUGUAUGUAAGUCAGUUUACCAACGCUUCUCUAAGAUGCUGUUUUUUUUAUUAUAUGAGCACAAAUUAUAUGAAUAUAAAAUAAUAUUUAGUUAAAGACAAAAUUUAACACCUAACUAGGUAGUUUAUAAAACUUUUAAGAGCACUCUCGUUUGUUUUGUUUUCCUUUCGUACAAUAUUUUCUGAAUAAAUAUUUAUCACGAUUAUUACUCUUCCAAUCUUAAACAAAUCACCAGGAAAAUCGAUUCAUGGAAAAUCGACUAUUGCGUAUCUGAAGAAUCCAUCAAUAAGCUUUAAAGACUUCUCCUUAUUACCUUAACUAAUUAUUAUAAAUUAUGAUUUGAUAACAAUUUAUAUCUAUUCACAUUAGUCUUCUUUUGAAGAAUGUAAUUAAAUCAACUCUAGAUCACAAGUUUAUUAUAUAUCUAAUUCAUGAGAAACACAUAUUUAUAAGUAAAAUUAAACCUUUAAAAUCCAAUAUGCACUAAAUAAAAAAUAAAUAUGAAAAUUGUCCUUUUGUAGGAUAUUACAGUGGACUCUCGUUAUAAUUA